UAUGGGCUCCGUUUAGGCCGUGUAUUUAGAGAGGAUUGGCAUUGUUGGGAGUUGUCGUGCCGGUGGCUCCGUGUGAUUGGCGAUUCGCGGCCUCUUCAUAUUCUGUAACAGGUCAAAAUGCAGAUCUUCGUGAAGACCCUGACCGGCAAGACCAUCACCCUGGAAGUGGAGCCCAGUGACACCAUCGAGAAUGUGAAAGCCAAGAUCCAGGAUAAAGAAGGCAUUCCCCCUGACCAGCAGAGGCUCAUCUUUGCAGGCAAGCAGCUGGAAGAUGGCCGCACCCUUUCUGACUACAACAUCCAGAAAGAGUCCACCCUCCACCUGGUCCUCCGUCUGAGGGGCGGCAUGCAGAUCUUCGUGAAGACCCUGACCGGCAAGACCAUCACCCUGGAAGUGGAGCCCAGUGACACCAUCGAGAAUGUGAAAGCCAAGAUCCAGGAUAAAGAAGGCAUUCCCCCUGACCAGCAGAGGCUCAUCUUUGCAGGCAAGCAGCUGGAAGAUGGCCGCACCCUUUCUGACUACAACAUCCAGAAAGAAUCCACCCUCCACCUGGUCCUCCGUCUGAGGGGCGGCAUGCAGAUCUUCGUGAAGACCCUGACCGGCAAGACCAUCACCCUGGAAGUGGAGCCCAGUGACACCAUCGAGAAUGUGAAAGCCAAGAUCCAGGAUAAAGAAGGCAUUCCCCCUGACCAGCAGAGGCUCAUCUUUGCAGGCAAGCAGCUGGAAGAUGGCCGCACCCUUUCUGACUACAACAUCCAGAAAGAGUCCACCCUCCACCUGGUCCUCCGUCAGGGCGGCAUGCAGAUCUUCGUGAAGACCCUGACCGGCAAGACCAUCACCCUGGAAGUGGAGCCCAGUGACACCAUCGAGAAUGUGAAAGCCAAGAUCCAGGAUAAAGAAGGCAUUCCCCCUGACCAGCAGAGGCUCAUCUUUGCAGGCAAGCAGCUGGAAGAUGGCCGCACCCUUUCUGACUACAACAUCCAGAAAGAAUCCACCCUCCACCUGGUCCUCCGUCUGAGGGGUGGCUGUUAAUUCUAGUCUUCAUUCCCAGUGCCCAGUGAUGCUAUUACUCUGCUCUAUAGCUAUUUGCCCAAUUUAAGUUUAGAAAUUACCAGUUCCAGUAGUAAUAGCUGAGCCUGUUCAAAAUGUUAAUAAAGGUUUUGUUGCAUGGUA